AUGGCAGAACUUGCUGUUAGUGCUGCUUUGCUUUCUUUUGAGAUCAUUUUUCCAGUUCUCAAUCAACAUCUGAAUCUCAAGAAGAAGGUUAAAGACGAAAUUGAGAGUUUCGAAGGAUGGGUUAGAGCAAUGAAAGCCUUCCUCGAGGAUAAUGAAGACGAUACUGAACGCAGCAGGUUGCUCGAAGAUAAAGUGGAACAAGUUCGAGGCAUUGCUUACGAUAUAGAGGAUCUUCUUGAGGAGUUUUCCCUUCAUUCAUCCUACAUAUUUCACAGCAAUAAAUUCACUCAGAAAGCCGUCCAAGCUGGCCAUAAUAUCAAGCACCACUUUCCACUUCAUGGGAUCUCCGGAAAGAUCAAAAGAAUCAAGAACAAGAUAGAUGGUAUUGUAUUACAAAAUAUUUUAUUUGCUAAUGGUUCAAGACCUGCUGCAUCAAGCUCUGGCACAAGGAGUCGAGUUCAGGUGAGUCCUCUUCUCCUUGACGAUGAAUUGGUUGGCUAUAAAAAACCCAGGGAAGAGCUUAUAAGUCAGUUGAUAGAUGGAGAAAAGAGACUAGUUAGAAUAGCUGUAGUUGGUCCUGGUGGCUCCGGCAAGUCAAUAUGUGUAAAGAAUGUGUUCGGGAAGAGAAGAAUUCUUGGACAAUUCGAUUGCCAUGCUUGGGUUCACGUGUCUCAGCACUUUGAUGUCGAGGAACUCUUAAGCGAUAUGCUAAAGAAAUUUUGCGAAUCUAGAAAGGAAAUUUAUUGUGAUCAGAGAGGUGGAGAUACUCUGACGAAGCUCAGAAAUUACCUCGUUGCAAAGAGGUACAUUGUUGUCCUAGAUAACAUUUGGAGAAGAGAAGACUGGGAGCGCAUCAAGAAUGCUUUGCCAAGUGGGUUUUUGGGCAGCAGAAUAAUUCUGACCACCAGGGCCUCUGAUGUGGCCUCUUCAGCCGAAUUUAUACAUCACUUAAAUGGUCUAGAAGCACUAGAGGCCUGGACCCUCUUCUGUAAGAAGGCCUUCCAAGACAGUAAAGGGGAAUGUCCUUCUGAGUUGAAGGAUUGUUCUGUGAAAAUACUGAAAAGAUGUGAAGGACUGCCCUUCUAUAACUUGGUAGUAGCCGGUGCUCUAUCAAAUACACCAAAGUUUCCAAGGGAAUGGGAGAAAUUUCACAGCAGUCUUGGUGCCGAAAUCGAGCGCAAUUCUCCCCUUUUAGUUAUCUGCAGACCUGGCUACAAGGAUCUCUCAAGCAAUCUUAAGAGUUGUUUAUUGUAUUUCAGCAUUUUCCCUGAGGAUUACUCUGUUAGUCGGGGAAGGCUUGUGCGCUUGUGGAUUUCAGCAAUCAGCAUCUUCUCUCCUCACUUUCUCCCGUUAACCCACGGUGCCCCUGCCCACAGUCGGAGAGAGCCUUUCACGUCGUCCCGCAACGGUACUUUACCUUUCACGUCGUCGCUUCGUCAGCAACGAUCGCUCGUCGUUUUGAGGCGCUUCGACGCAACACAGGAACCACUGCCGCGAGGUUUGGAUGGUGUUUUGUGUAGUGUGGUGUGGUGUUUACGGUGGUGUCGUGGUGGAUCUAGCGCAACUGUUGCCAUUUUUUGA